CCGCAUUGACCAAGAAUAUGUGAUUAUAAGUUUACCUCAGUGUUUGCAUGAUUGAUACCAAGAGCCAAGGCCUUGAUUGAUGCCGUUUAGGUUUUGGCUUCGGCCAAGUACGCAGGGAUAGACGCGUCUCAUGAGGAAAUAUGUCGACUCCCUUCGGCAUUUCCCCCAACCUUCUUGUCCGGCGUCGUAAGUUAUGUAGGUAGGUAGAUAAGUAGGUGGUAGGUAGGUAGGUAUACACCUUGAUUAACUAACCUAGGUAUAUAUAUUUUGAUCAUCCCACCUUAGUAAUUCGCUGAAUGAGAAGCUAUUUCUUGUUCUACAUGUAUCCGUCCGAUCUACCUAAUCCAAGCCCAUAUUCUCGACCACCAUGCCAAAAAAGCCUUCUCCCAUACCCUUUUCAUUGCCAUUUAACUCCGAGGACAGCAGGGCAGAGUCCUUAUACCCAAUACACAAGGUUUUAGUACGACGAACGGUGUUCUUGGCUUUGGUAGUGCUCUCGCUGACUGGCUUUCUCACGAUGCAUCGUUCGGACGUGAGUGCAUUCCCCCUCCACCCCACUACCCAUCUUUUUGGCAUUUGUGGAAGAAGAGCAACGGUAUUAAUAAUGACCGGUGUAUUAGUUGCUCGAAUAUAAAUUCCAAGUCAUGACGAUGCCCCUGAUUGUUGUCGAUGGCCUAGAAAGGGAACAUAGGGACGACCUGACCGAGGUAAUAGCCUCUACUAAUAAUAUAUCUCAUAUUGUACCUACCUAGAGGCCGUGUGGCUGGAUGGAUAGGAGGCGAUAAAAUCAGGGGCUUAUGGCAUCGGGGAUGGGUAUUUUGAUUUUCAAACUAUGGUGUUUUGCUUGGUGAAAAUAUGGAGGAUUGGCGGCAUGGAUCUUGAUGGUGUUGAAGGACUGGGCACUUGUAUGAUGAUCUCAGGGCUGUAGAUACCGAGAUGAACGUGGCGUUAUGAUUAUGAAUGAAUAAUAUCAAAGAUAUUUCAACUUCAAUAUUCCUUAUAGGGCUGAAUCAUUGUUCUAUCAUAUGUAGGAGGCUACUAGGAGCUGAGACUGCUGAGUACCAUGUAGUUACUUGUACCUGAACCUGAAGAACAUCAAUUCACUGCAUGUGUGCCAUUGUUAAGU